UUCAAUUUAUGUCAACCAAGAAAUUCUCCCUUCAGGAGAAAAUUUCAACAACACCUCCCGCCGGGGUAACAGAGAACCCGGAUGAACGCCAGGUCGCGGCUAAGGAAGAAGACCAUUCGAAGGAAACUUGAAUUUCAAUAUAAGUCUCCGCUCUGCGGAGGCGAAACCUUAUAAGUAAAAUGGCUGCAAGAGAUUUGUCCAAAACAUUUGAAGAGAUAGAGUCCGAGGACUUUAGUCUCGAGACCAGUGUGCCAACAGAUUUGACGAUGUCGCCUGACCACAGCGAAGCGGAAACACGGAACAAGAAAAGACACAUCACGAAGCAGAUCAUCGAACGUAAACAAAUGUUACACGACAUGCAAUUGUUGAAGAUUGAAGUGUCACAAAAAAAUCUCGCUUUAGAAAAUUUGAAAGCUGAACAUUUACAGCAAACUGAAGAAUUGGAAGAGAAACUACAUGAUGCCACUCAUCAGAAACAAAUCUUACAGGCUCGGCUGGAGUCAGAGCUUCAGAUUCAGUCGGACGAUGCUCGGAAGCGCCAGGAGCUCAUCAAGCGUGAGCUGGACGGUGUGCGGUCGAGACAACAGCAGCUGGAGGCAGCUAACGAGCGACUGCAAGAGAAGGCAGGAGACGUGCGGCGGUCACUUCGAGACCUGACCAUCUCCGAGGAACGGUUCUAUCAGCUGCGAGGCUUGCCGGAAGAAGAGUUGUCGCUCAGAGAUUAUGUUGCGAUGCGCCAGUACGAAGCAGUGAAGCCGGUGCAGACAGAAGUCUCUCAGCUGAGGUCCCAGAACAAAUCCCUAGAGGAGGAGGUGACUGGUUUGUCGAGGCAACUGCUGGAUGUACAGAAGAACCUGGAGGAAGAGCGACAGGCACACGGAGAGCUGAGGGUCAAAUACCAGAAGGCCACGACUGACUACGCAGAAACAGCGACACGCGUCAAGGUGGAUGACUACAAGGUGGAAAACUACGACAGGGUCAAGAGUGAGAGGGACUCGUUUGAACAAGACCAGCUGGAGUCUGUGCGGCAACUUGUGGCAGCCGAGGCAUCUCUGGCCGCGCUGCAAAAGGAACGAGAUGAUCUCAGUCGUGAGCUGUCCUCGUCCAAGCAGACGGUGGCUCUCCUGCGGCAGGACAAGGACUACCUGAGUCGCCAGUGCUCCGAGGCCAGCCACAAGCACGCCUUUGGGGAGGAGAAGCUGCAGCAGUUGUCACGGCAACUGGAGGACGCCAAGUUGGCCCGGGAGGAGAUGUAUGAGAAAUACGUGGCUUCCAGGGACCAGUACAAAUCGGAGUAUGAGAACAAACUGAAGGAAGAGCUGGAGCAGAUACGUGUACGCACCAACGGAGAGAUAGACAGACUGCGAACGUCUACGCGGGAAAUGUAUGAGCGAGAGAACAGAAAUCUGCGAGAGGCUCGGGACAUGGCACUGUCAGAGCGGGACCGAGUUAACGGCACCGAGCGGGAGACUGCUGUCAAGUACGAACAACUCCUGACAGAAUUCCGGCAGCUACAAGCCACCAGUGAGAGUCGAGUCUCGGAAGUCCAGAACGAUCUGAAGGUGAAGAUGUUUGAGGCGGAGCGGACGCAGAUGAUCCACUCGGAGACAGUGAAGAACCUUGGUCAGGCGGAGAUGGACAUUGAGAAGAUGCAGAAGAAAGUGGAGGUGUUGACCAAAGAGUACUACAGCCUUCAGGCCUCCAUGGACAAGAAAGUGGUGGAGCUGGAAGCUUCCGUGUCGGACAAGACGGCCCGACUGGCAACCUACGAGAAGUUGGAGCAGGACCUGGACACUGUGGUCAUGCAGGCGGCCGAAGUUGAAGACGAGAAGGAUGCCGAGAGAGUUCUCUUCUCCUACGGCUACGGUGCCAACGUGGCAAGUACCACCAAGCGCAGGAUGCAGCAGAGGAGAUGUCGGUGAUGAAGCAGGUGGUCCUGAGCCUCUCGGAGCGGAAGCUGGACACCCACAAAGCCCGCUCCCGCGACUUCCGGCCCACCAAGAGCGUGUCCUCGCUGGGCCAUCGGGUACAGAAGGACUUUGAGCUGCAGGACGAGCCCAACGUGGUGAAACCUGGCUCUCUACAUCUGUCCAAGCCAAGGUCACCACUAAAGUCCCGAGGACAAAACAAGAAACAGUCGGGUGGGCUGGAGCCCAAGUUCUCCAAGGUGUACGGCAUCGCAAAGUCUUGAGACUGGUUCUAGGCAGGGUAGAUAGUAUAAAUCAUAUUAUAUUGUAUACAGUGGAGUCCGCUGAAACCGAACGCGGCUGAUCCGAAAACAGUGGAAAACUGAAAGAAAAUGAAAUACCUCAAUUUUUUUUCUCCGAUUAGAGCAACCUCUCCUAACGGAAUACCUGGCGUAAUCAAAGAAAAUCCGGCGUUCCUGUACGUUUUAGUUUAACUGUACAUAUAAUAAAUAAAGGUAUGUAUAUUUUAGAGGAGUCUCGGGCAGAAAUAUAGAGCAGCUCCAAUUGCAAAGUCAGGAAGUAGAUAAUGUUCCUGCCCUCCCACUCACGUGUAAGGACAGAAUAGUGGUGACCAGUCAGGCUGGUUAUGCUCUGCUCUGUCGCGUACGUUUCAGAGUUGGGGUGAGGAAAAUGUGAAUAAGUAAGAGGAAGGACGAUCAAAGCGUUUUGAGAUGGGGGGGGAGAGGAGAGGGGGGGGGGGGGGAUUUUCUGUACUUUUGCUGUUUCCUCUUCUCUUGAAAAAUUUCUCACCUUUCGUUUCUGCUUCCUGUGACUUCAAGAGAAGAGAAAGAGAGUAAUGUGCAGACCAGAUGCAGGAGUUUUGAGGCUGUGAUGGUGAUUUGUUACAAAUGUGGUCGAUUUGGUAACGCAAAGGUCACUCGGAUGAUGUGUUUGCUUGUGAAGGUUAUUUCAGUGUUAUUCUGGGACCAGUUCUGUUUGACCGUUUGCCUGUGAUGACUUGGGAUCCUCGUGCGUUAGUGAAGGAAUCGGGUGAUGAAAUAAAUUCAAUCUCUCUUAAAAUGGAUCUGAAAUUUUAUUUCAUUCUUUCCUUCCUUUACUGAUGCGUGUUUGUUGAUUUGUUAUAGCUGUGGGAUAUUUGUACGUGUGCCUGGAGAAAGGUCCAAAUUAUUAAAAAUUUUGAAUAUUAAAAUAAGAGCAUUUUCUUGUAGAAAAUUCAGUGCUGAACACGCUGAUUAAAAAAUUAAUUUUUUCCAAAUAUUUUGAUUAGAUUUAAAGUUUGGUCACAUUUUGUUACACAGGGUUUGUAAAACAAAGUUUGCAAAAAAAUAGCUUUAAUUUUAACAGUCAUAUGUUGACCCAAUUUCUCGCACAAUUUUAACCUUCGGUGAGGUAUAACAUUUUGCAAAAAUAAUUAAUACAAUAAUAUUUAGACUUAAAAUAUUAGAAAAUAUUUUCAAUAUCUUAUAAAGAAAUACUUAAGCGAGUGUUUUCUGAUGGAACUAAAUUUUUGACCAGGUAUGACUUUUUUGCCUAUUCUCACCGUUGUUACAAAAUAGCUUUGUCGACAAUUGAGACGUUUCUCCUGGUGCCCACACAUAUUUGUACUUGGCUGAUGUGAUCUGAACUUUCAUGUCUUGGGGAAUCUUGAGGACCGUUGACCUUCUUUUUCUGGAACUUUUUGAGCUUGUAUAUUUUGCGGAGGGAUGUUUUUGCCUAUGGGGCUAAAUCCAAUCCAUUGCAUGACUUAAAUUUUUACGCUUUAAAAUUUUGUCAGUAUUUUAUAUUGUGGUAUAAAAAUUACUUUUUAUAUACCUGCGAAUAACCAUUAUAUUUUAAUUAUCACUAUAUCAUAUACCCAAGUAACUUAUGCGGCAAAAUGUAGCGUUAUAAAAACUGAGCGCUGAACUUCAUGUUGUCUUUUCUUUGAACAGACACGAAAUGCAUGUACUGUCUUUGUAGAAGUUGUAUGAUGAUAAAUCUGGGAAAUUCUUAAUUUUAAUGAAAAUGUUUAAUUUUAUCUCCUUUCUUUGUCACACAGUCUGCAUAGGAAAAUCCAUUAUCUUGUAGGGUUUUGAAAAAUCUUGCCUGGUCUAGGGAUAGGAGUAAUUUGUCUGGAUUAAGUGAUAUGAGAGUUUCAGUCUCUGUUGUAUUUUUGUCAGAACUGUACACAUGUUGCAAAUAGUAGUUUUAGAAUUUGAAACUGUAGAUAUUUGUAACUAGUCGAGGCAGAUGCUGUGAGUUUGGUAUCUCACAGCGCGCCUGCCUGCAUAGAAUUACAUGCUCGUUGUGUGGGUCGUUAUGUGGGCAUGGUUUGUUUCUAAAUGAUUUUGAUCUGUAUGUAAUAUUCAGGGAUGCCAAAUCUCUGGUUUUUCCGGCUUUUGACGUUUUUUGUUUUUUUCAACCAUAGCAACAAAGGCUCCAUACACUUGCAAAAGAAAGGGGAGAGGUAAGAGAGAUGUUUUUUGUUUGCUCAUUUAAAAACUUUACAAGGUUUGUUUAAGGUGAGAUGUGAAGCUCCACUCAUUUUCAUGUUUUUGUUUUUUUUUCAAAAAUCAUUUGGCAUCCCUGAAUAUUUCAUGAGAGUGGCAGAGUACCAGUGGAGGAAGGGAGUGGGCUGUGAGUUGUUGGAAUACGCAAUCUUAUGUCUGUACUUGUGAGAGUGUGUCUAUGAGUGUGUUAAUUGGUACUGUGUGUGAAAGAGUUAGAGAAAUGAAGAAGGGGAGAGAAGAGGGAGAAGUCCGUCCAUUAUUAUUUGCAUGUCAUAUUAUGAUUUUAUUUUCUCAUUAUAUCAGAAUAAAGCACACUUUACAAUAUAAUGGA